CUUUUAGAGAAAUAAAUGCAUUGUGGCACUAGGUCUGCUUGAUGAUGCAUAAAUAAGAAGUAAAGAAUAAAAUGUAUUAGGGCAUGCUUUGUAGCAAAAUAAUCAAUUUUCUAAUAACAGCAUGCCCUUGAAGUAGUGUUCUUCUUCUAUGACAGCAAUUUGCCAAUGAAUAGUUUUUUUUGCCAGUGAAUAGCUUUUUUUUUUUUUUUUUUUUUUUAAAUCUUAAAUGACUAAACAUUUUUAUCAGCUUGUUACAUUAAAUAUUAUGGAACAUUUGGAAAACAGGUUCCUGUUAUCACUUCUGUUAAAGUAGCCUUAAACACUCAUUCCCUCACCAGUCUCUUUCUUUUUCUUUCUUGAAGUUAAAGGGUCAGAAUAGUUUGUCAUGUUACAGAGAAACUGCAAUGCACAUAUCAAGUCAUGUAAUGAAGACUUUCCCAUGAUGGAAAACUUACUAUUAUAGUAAGUGGUUUUUUUUAAAAAUUUUUUUGGGGACACUGUGAAUCCUUCCACAUGCUAAACAUCCCACCAUGUCAACAAUUGUUUUGUCAAAUAACAGCAUUUAAAAAAAAAAAAUAUUUUUAUUAAUUUAUCUUAGAUUAUUAUCCAAGUAUAUGAAUAAGCUAUCAAAAUAUCAUAUUAGAAUGAGUGCAUGAAUAUAAUCCUGUGCUGUUCUUUGCAGCUGGCACUGUUGUCAGAGCUGUUAUAGAAAUUUAAUCAGCACCAUCUCACCAAUCCGAAUUGAUUUCUCAUCAUAUUUGAAAGCACCCUUUUUUUAGUGUACAUAUAAAAGUGUACUAUAUUGCUCCAAAGGUAUUAAUCUUUGAAUCAAAAUAAGGUCCUUAGCAACAUUAAUUGAUGCUUGUGUUAAAUGUUUAAUCUUAGUAUUUUCUAUGCAGCCUGUGUUUUGGCUCUUAAUGUUGUUUACAAGGGAACUGAAUUCUCUCUCAAUGAUGAAGGGCACAUACUAUUCCCAGCCAGCUAGGGAAGCUUGCAGUUACUACAGUGAGGUAAAGAGCACUGAGAUGUGACUAGAUUACAGAGGCCAUUGAGAGAACACCAUCACCAGUGUACCCACUGUCAUCUGCCAAGAAUUUGCCAUUAUCCCUUCAGAGCUAUUAAUAUGGGGAGGAUUGCGUCGCUGUGGGUAUGUCAGACUGUAGCAUCAUAGUGAAAGCUUUACCUCACCCUUUUGUUGACGCUUGGGACUUAGAAGUGUUUGACAGAGCAAAACAGGCAGCCACAGUAUAAAAAGAGCAUGUUAUGGAAAAAAGUUUAUACAGGGUCUUAACCCUAUGAAAAGCAUUAUAUUAACUUUGUGCUACAGAGCUAGAUAUAUUGUAAAAUCUGAUUAAAACAACAGAUUUGUCCGGCUGAUUUUAAAAUGCCUCGUCUUCUAUUCAAUCGGAACGGUAGCUGGGAUCCUCUCCAGGACUGGCCGAAGUCAAGUAUUUUAGAGCAGUGCACAGGAGCACCAUUUUUCUUCGAUCCAGAUGACGAUAGCUGGUUAAACACAGCCAGGAAAACACUGGAAACCUCUUCCUGGCCCGGAUUUCUGUCAUUUCCCUUGGUAACUCCUGUUUGUCCAGAAGUCUCACCUUCAGCCAGAGAUGGACAACAAAAAUUUCAUGUCAAAUGUGACAGUAAGACCUGGAGCAUCUCUUUAGAUGUCAGCCAUUUUUGUCCAGAGGAAAUUGGUGUCAAAAUCAACGAGGGCUACUUAGAAAUAGCAGGUAAACAUGAGGAAAGACAUAAUGACCAUGGGACCAUUUCCAGGAGUUUUUCAAGGAAGUACAAGCUGCCUGCAGAAGUUGAUCUGCAAAAGAUGAGCUCUUCGCUUUCUCCAGAAGGGGUUCUCUUAGUUGAAGUACCUAUUGGCGCCUCUUCCAACAGAUGUCCCACAGAGACUGUUAUCCCGAUACAGACGAAGGAAAAACAUUAGGUUUUUUCAUGUAUGUAAGGCUUUUACUGCUUAAAUAUUGGAAGUUUCAUUGUGUGAAUUCUAUUUUUAUGCUACUUUAUUCACUGCUAACAGACAGUUUCUUUCAUAAGUAAACUUUAUCCGAAGUUGUUGAAUUAGGUGUUUGGAUUUAACACAAGAAACACUCCAAUAGCUAUUGUGCAGUUCAGAAUUAUUUAUAUUUCAAUGCACUUAUAAAGUUACAGUUAACUUCUUUUCACUCUUGCUUGUACAGGACUACUUACAAAAUGACUAAUUAUUAAUGUUAUCACUGUGCCUUUUUGUAUCAGUAAUUAUUAAUGCUAUCUAUCUAUUUUUCAUUUUAAAUAAAAAUCGAUUCCAAA